GGUUUAGCUUUCUUUUUCUAGGACAGAGACAAUGGCUUUCAUGGUGAAAAGUAUGAUAAGUAGCCAGGUAAAGAAUUUAGGAUUUGGUGGUGGGUCUGAAGAACAGAAAGAAGAAGGAGGUGCAUCGGACCCAGCAGCAGCUCACGGGAUGACCAGAGAGGAGUAUGAGGAAUAUCAGAAGCAAGUGAUUGAGGAGAAGAUGGAAAGAGAUGCGGCGUUUACACAAAAAAAGGCAGAGAGGGCGUGCCUGAGAGUCCACCUCAGGGAAAAGUACAGGCUCCCAAAGAGUGAAAUGGAUGAGAAUCAAAUCCAGAUGGCCGGAGAGGAUGUGGAUUUGCCUGAAGAUCUCCGGAAGAUGGUAAAUGAGGAUCAAGAAGAGGAAGAAGAUAAGGAUUCUGUUCUUGGGCAGUUGCAGAAUCUCCAGAACAUGGACUUGGACACCAUAAAAGAAAAGGCCCAGGCCACCUUUAUGGAAAUCAAGCAGUCGGCUGAACAGAAGUGUUCUAUGAUGUGAGGGGACAGGAGAAUGAGAAAGAAGUGGGGAGGGGACAUCGAGAGGCCAUCAGCAGGAAGGGCACUCGCCUGUGGGCCUUUCCAACAGCAUGAAUUUUAAUAUUGAACACAGUUAAGAAACCCAUGAAAUAAAUCUGUCUACAAGCAUAUAGACAAUGA